CGAAUGGAACGCUGUGGUUCAGCUGCCUGACUGAACACUAACAUUAGACCUCGCUGGUGUGGUUUAACGGCUCACGGGUUCAAGGACAUACGGGUAUCAAAUCGGACUGCAUAAACUGAACCGUGAAUAACAAUCGGAGCUAUAAGACAUGGAGAGUCUUCUGAAGUCCAUUGAGACCAUGCCAGUCACAGAGCCUGCGAUGUGGUGGGGAACACUGGGCACCGUGCGGCCCUUCCCAAGCUUCAGACCAGGGGAGGAUGCUCAGGAGAUCCACACAGCCCUGGAGGAGAAAGAUGUGAAUACUCUGGUGAGGAUCUUGACCAAUCGCACAAAUGCACAGAGGCAAGCCAUCUCUCAGGCCUACCACACCCUCACACAGAAGGACCUGAGUAAAGCCCUGAAGAAACUGCUGUCUGGGGCGCUGGAGGAGCUUCUCCUGGGCCUCCUGAUGACCCCCGCGCUAUUUGACGCUCAUCGACUCCGACAGGCCAUGCAGGGUAUGGGGACGGAUGAGGACACUCUGCUGGAGGUCCUGUGCACCAGAUCAGCACAGCAGCUUAGAGACAUCUCUGUAAUCUACAAACAAGAAUUUGGACGGUAUUUGGAGAACGACCUGAUCAGUGAGACCAGCAAGGAUUUUACCAAGCUGCUCCUCGCCAUACUCAAGAAGGAAGAGGAGAACAUGCAGGGGAUCAUGGAGUACCAACUCAUCGAGCGAGACUUCAAGACACUGACUGAGGCCCUCAGCGGAAAGAAGGCAGACCCCACCCCCUGGAUCAGGGUGCUCACCACGAGGGAUUCUGACCAUCUUGCCAGAGUCUUGUCCAGGUGGGAGACUGUUCGGGGGGAGACUGUGGUCAAAGCUGUGCAGAGUCACUUUUCUGGGGACCUGAAACUGGGGCUCUGUGUACUGGUUUGUACUAUCCAGAACACCCCUUUGUACCUGGCCCAGCGACUGCAAACCUCCAUGAAGAAAAACAGUGUGCUGUUUGGCAUCCUGGUCUCUCGCAGUGAGGAGGAUCUUCUCAGCGUGAGAGUGGAAUAUCGCAGACUGACCAGUACCUCACUCUACUCAGCUAUACUGAAAGAAUUUAAAGGAGAUCUUCAAAUGGCCUUAUUAGCCUUGUGUCGGGCUGAAGACUUGUAGCCAAACAGAGGGCCAAAGAGAUAGAGUGACCAGAUGUAUACUGUUUACAUGAUUACAUUCACAUGCCUCAGCUUUUAUUCACACAUAGAAACCACCUACAUCCUGUAAUCAGACAUUUUGAUCUACCAACAGUAAUGUUCAUUCCCUCUCUCCCAAGCUAUCCAGGUGGGAUUUAAUGUAUAGAUUAAAUGGCUGGUUUUGUGAAUGACAUGGUUAGAGAGCUUUGUGCACCAUAACUGAUCAUAAUUACUGUGCCAUACUGGUUUUGUCAAAUCUUCUGAACUCAUACAGCUGAAAGGCUUAAGGUUUUCACAGUAAUUCCACGUCCAUUAGAGCCAGAUAGCGAGUGUGCUUGUCGGAAAAACCUCCAAACUGUAUAGAGAUAUUUAGAUAUGGCUCCGUCCUGCCUUGGUGUGAGGGAUUUUGAGGAGGCAACUGUGUGAGACUCUUCAUGUUUAUGCCUCUCUCUGAUCUCACAAAUCCCAGGCCAAUGUCAGCCAAGAGACGAGUAUUAAUAUCCCUGUGCAUAGCUGCCAUUUCUCCCAACCUAUCCAUCUUCAGCUGAGUGGGGGGGUUGAGUUAUAUAAAGGCUCACAUAUAUCCUGAUGAGGCCACCCUCUCUGAUCAUUGUAUGAGCCAGGUAGAAAUCUGUCUUGUGUUUCUCACAUAAUUAAUUGUGAUUGAGUGUGAUUAUAUUGUUAUGUGCAAAUCAAACACAAUAAAGCAAUUAUUUUU